AUGUAUGUCAGUCAAUCACACACAUUCAUUUUAAUAUUAGCACUGAUUGGAUGUCAAAUUGGUGAAAUGGAAGCUAAUUCCAUGGCUCAUGGAGGAACUCCCUCAUCACACACAUUUGAAAGAGCUUCUGGUAAGAAUUCACCUAAAUUAAUACCCAAAUUCGCUUCCCUAAAAUGUUCCUUCCACAACUUGCACACUCUGAUUGGACACAAAGAUUUCUCAAUUCUUGGAAUGUUUCAUAACUGCGCGGUAUUCUAUGCUGUAGGGGAUAACAUAAAACCUGACAGUGAUCUGAAUUUUUCAAAGAUUCAAAAUUUACCAGGUCGAUGCAGUUCACCCCAACCGAUACUUUAUAGACAAAAUAACGAAUUUCGGUUAUUAAUUGCACAAAAAAUGAGCGCUUAUACGGGAAAAUGCAAAUGGAACCAAGAAUCUGAAAAUUAUCAAACUUGCAAGUUUGAUCGGAAGCAUUGGAAAAGACUUUCAGUGAAGCCAUUUAGCAGCGAUGAGUCUGAAAUUAUUGGAUAUACAAGUGAUGUAAACACUAAUAUUCUCCAUGUAUUCUUCAAUGAUGAAAAUGGGCUUGUUCACGAUUCAAUGUAUAACAUUUCAUCUGAAAAGUUCAUCAAGAAUGCUGUUCUGCAACAGAGAAAUCUGAAAAAAAUAUCGUAUGAUUCUGACCGCGGGCUGAUGUAUAUGCUGACGAAAGAAAUAAUUUACCAAAGAGUGAAGAAUGACUUAGGUGUAUUUAUUUAUCAACCAACUUAUACCAAAACUUUGGGUGAUGGUCGAGUGGCAUACUAUGCUGGAGCAGAGAAUGUUUCAGAACAGUAUUGUAUCGUGGAAUUAUCAUCAGAAGACGAAUUAUACAUGACUUUGUUCGUAGGUUCAGGUGGCCGCAGAUCAGUUCAUGAAUUAAUUCGAAGUCAGCUUGCACCUCAACCCGUUCUUACCCGAACUAUUCUCAUAAACUCAACCCCAAUGUCAAAGGCCGCUGCUAAGCCUUUGAAUCAAGCACUUAUAUUGCUUCUCUUCACUUUGCUCUUAUUCAGAUAA